UAGCAUUAUACUUUAAAGUGUCCUUAUUUUAUAUAGGAUUGUUUGUGACGACAAAAUGAAAUACUUUAUAUUUUCUGUGUUUUUCUGCUGUCAGCUAUUAGAUAUAACUGCGGGGUCUGAGAAGAGAGGUUUGGUACAUAGACUGGAAGAAUAUAAAUGUGGUGACUUUGAUACUUUAAGUGGCAUAGUUUGGUGGUAUGACUACAGGAACGACAUUAGUUAUUUUCUGAACCAUGAUGAUUGCUCUACAUCCCUUGAUUAUAACACAACUAUAGGAUAUGUUCCCAUGGUUUGGGGCGCACAAGAUAACCCUCAUAUUCAAUCCGAUAGUACCUACUGUCUUGGCUUUAAUGAACCCAAUCAUCCGAAUCAAGCUAAUCUUACAUCGGAAGCUGCAGCUGCUGGUUGGAGGGAACUUGAAGCGGCGGCUAAUGGAAUUAAACUUGUGAGUCCUUCCGCUUCCGAGUGUGGCGGGCCGUCUUGUAUUGAUAGUACAAAGGGAUGGUUUGACGGAUUCUUUAGUGAGUGUGCCAACUGCACAAUUGACUUUAUUGCAACGCAUACGUAUAUGUGUGAUGCAGAAAAAGUGAUGAGUAUUUUGGAAGACCUCUAUACAACAUACAACAAAACGGUUUGGCUGACAGAGUUUGCAUGUGGCAAGAUUGAACAUCCAGAAUUAAUGCUUAUAUUUAUGAAACAGAUUCUACCCCUGCUGGAAGCCGCAGACUACGUUUACAGGUAUUCUUGGUACAAGGGUAGAAUACCUUAUUCAAAUAAUGGUACAGCUUAUGUAACACCUGCUGCAAGCCUUCUGGAACCAAAUGGCACAAACCUUACAACAUUGGGUGAAUUCUACACUACGUACCAGUACGGGGACACUGUAAAUUUUGGAGAUAUCUCCAUCCCAGUUGUUUAUCCGUCUGGUGUUAUUAACGAGACAGCAGCUCAACAAAAUGUCACAGAAGGAACGACAAAGGCAGAAGUAGAGGCUAUUUUCGAUGUCUAUGAUUAUAAUCCUACAGUAUGGUGGAAAGUACUCCAUUCCAUCAGGAGCAGGUUUAACGAUAUGCCUUGGCAGGUUGGAGCUUUCUAUAUGACCGUGCCAAAGAUAGAUGCUAAAGUCAGGAUCAAGGCAAUUUUUAAGAUAUUCUGGUGUAUUAACCUGUCUCAUAUACUGGAUGAUAAUUUAGCGUAA